GAUGCUGGUGGAAUCAACAAUGAUGGUUAAUAUAUGUUUUUUUGCCUUGAUGUUACAAUUACUACAUGGAGUGACAGGUUCUUUGGUAAAACUCAACAAUGGUGGGUUUGAAGACGUUGUUAUUGCCAUUAAUCCUCAGACACCAGAAGAUGACAAAAUUGUUAACAGUUUAAAGGAAAUGGUUAAAGAGGCAUCUACUUAUCUGUUCAAUGCCACAAAACAACGAUUUUAUUUCAAGACUGUAAAAAUUAUUAUUCCUUUCACAUGGACAAAAAAACCUGAAUACAGACGAUUAACUAUAGAGUCCUAUGAAGAAGCAGACGUCAUAGUGGCUAAUCCUUACCUGAAAUAUGGAGAUGAUCCAUACACCUUGCAGUAUGGUGGAUGUGGAGAACAGGGACGAUAUAUUCAUUUCACACCAAAAUUUCUGACAAAUGACAGUUUGCAUAAUGUUUAUGGACCACGAGGUAGAGUCUUAGUCCAUGAGUGGGCUCAUCUCAGAUGGGGUGUAUUUGAUGAAUACAACAAUGAUGCACCUUUCUAUACUGUUGGACAAAAGAAGGUUGAAGCAACAAGAUGCUCAGCUGAUGUCACUGGUAAAUAUGUAUUCCAAACUAAAGAUGGAAAAACAAGAACAUGCAAAUAUGAUCACCGAACUCAGUUGUAUGAAGCUGGGUGCCAAUUUGUACCGGACAGAAAGCAAAGUACUCCAGCAUCUAUAAUGUACAUGCAAAGCCUCUCCUCAGUUACUGAAUUCUGCAACAACAACAGUCAUAACAUUGAUGCAACAAAUAUGCAUAACAAACUAUGCAACUACAGAAGCACCUGGGAAGUAAUCAUGACUUCUAAAGACUUCGCUGAUUCAUCUCAAUUAAGUUUUCUUCCACCUGACCCAACUUUCAUUUUGCUCCAAACCCAGGACAGAGUUGUGUGUCUGGUACUUGAUGUUUCUGGUAGUAUGACCUCAAAUAAUCGCAUUAAUCGAUUGAAGCAAGCUGCAGAAAUAUUUAUCCGUCAGAUUAUUGAAAGUGGUUCCUGGGUUGGAAUUGUCACAUUCAAUAGUGCUGCAACAAUUCAGACUAAUCUGCAACAGAUAGUCAGUGACACAGUGCGUGAUUCUCUUGUAACAUUUCUGCCUGCAUCAGCUGGUGGAGGAACUAGUAUUUGUUCAGGAGUGCGAAAAGGAUUUGAGGUUUUUUUAAAGAAGUACCAGAGUACUGAGGGCUGUGAAAUUGUGCUGUUAACAGAUGGACAAGAUUCAACUAUACGUUCUUGCUUUGAUGAAGUUCAAAAAAGUGGGUCAAUAAUUCAUACUAUUGCCUUGGGACCAAGUGCUGCAAAAGAACUAGAAAUGUUGAAAAACAUGACUGGAGGUUUGAGAUUUUCUGCUACUGAUAGCCUGGAUUCAAACAGUCUUAUAGAAGCUUUCACUUCAAUUUCUUCAAGGGAUGGAAAUAUCUCGCUACAAGCUAUUCAGCUGGAAAGUAAAGGUCAGAACAUCAACCCCAUGCAGUGGAUGGACGGCAUUGUAUCCAUUGAUAAAACUGUGGGAAAUGACACUUUCUUCAUAGUUACUUGGAGUGAGACCGCCUAUCCACCUGGAAUAUUUCUGACUGAUCCAAAAGGAAAAAAGUACAGUCGAACAGACUUUGUUAUUGAUAAUACUAAUCGCUACAUGGCCCGACUCAAGAUUAAUGGAACUGCAGAGGUGGGAGAUUGGAAGUAUAAGAUUCAGAACACACACACAGGAGGAGCUCAAGUCUUAUCAAUAACAGUGACCACUAGAGCUGCAUCUUUGACUGUGCCCCCAGUGACCGUGAAGCCCUAUUUGAAUACGGAUACCAAUAAGUACCCUAGUCCAAUGAUCAUUUAUGCAGAAGUGAGUCAAGGUUUCUUGCCUGUUAUCGAUGCAAAUGUGACAGCCACUGUUGAAUCACAAUCUGGACUCGCCGUAGAGCUACAACUGCAUGAUUCUGGUGUAGGUGCUGAUAUUCGCAAGUCUGAUGGAAUCUACUCAAGAUAUUUCACAUCUUUCAAUGGAAAUGGAAGAUACAAUGUAAAAGUUCAUGUCCAAGGGACAGACAAGGCUGUCGGAUAUGUCCAGAGAUACAAUCAAGCUCUAUAUGUACCAGGAUAUGUAGAAGAUGAUGUAAUACAUAUGAACACACCAAGACCUGAAGUUAGUGAGGAUGAAAUCCAACCAGACCUAGGAAAUUUCAGCAGAAUUGCAUCAGGAGGUUCUUUUACAAUGACAGACGUUCCUCCGAAUACUUCAAGUCCUCCAGAUAUCUUUCCACCCUGUAAAAUCACUGACCUUGAAGCACAGUUCGAAGAUGAUGAAUUCCUUUUGUCAUGGACAGCUCCUGGGAAUGACUAUGAUAUUGGAAAAGCCGAAAGAUAUGAAAUAAAAACGAGUAAAAAUCCCUCGGAAUUAAGAAAUACUGCCUUUGAUAUGGCCAAUUCUGUGAACACAUCUGGUCUGACAACUGAUUUUGCUGGAGUCAAACAAUUAUUUCAAUUUAAGCUUGCAAACUUCACAAAAGAAAAUGGCACCAACAUCUAUUUUGCAAUUCGUGGCAUUGAUGACAGCAACAAUGUUGGGGAAGCAUCCAAUAUAGCAAGAACAGUUAUACUUUUUCCUACUAUGUUCCCUAGUACAAUUAGCACCUACACCACGGCCUCUGCACCAGCCAGCACCCACACCACGGCCUCUGCACCAACCAGCACCCACUCCAUGGCCUCUGCACCAGCCAGCACCCACACCAUGGCCUCUGCACCAGCCAGCACCCACACCACGGCCAUUAAUAUGGAAAUCACCUCUCUUACUUCUUCUAAUAAAGAAAACAGUGACAAUAUUAUAAAUUCAACUGUCAUUAUAGUGAUCAUAGUAUGUGCUUCUGUAGUUGUUAUUUGUGCUAUUAUAAGUAUAACAGUCUGUGUUGCACAAAAACGACGAAACAGAAAUCCUGCAACUGUAAUGUAAUAACUUGACUUCUAAGUGUUCAAGUUUCUGUGCAGUAUACUACCAUCCAUGUACAAAAGGUAUGCACAGAAUUUUCUCAUGGUAACUUCAAUUACUGCAAUUCUCUCUGAUGAAUAAAUCUGAAUCUGAUACUGCAA